UACUCCAACAAACAACCUCGCUAGUCAAAGACGGCGGGCAAAGAAGGUUCAUACCUGCGCACGUCGCCCGACGACAAAGCCCCGGAAAGAAAUGCCAACCUAAUCGACUCACUCGUGUGCGCUCGUCAGCUCUCCACUUCCGUCUCCAUGACAAAAGCCGCGGCAGCCUCCGUUCUUCUUCCUCGUAGUCAUCUGUGUCCCCCGCAUCAUUUAACCGAAGCGUAGCCGACCCGAACGCCACCGCGGGCGUCUCCUCCCAGAAAAUGCACCACCGCUUCCUCCUCCUCCUCCUCCUCCCUCUCUUCCUGUGCCUCGCUCCCAGAGGCACUCCAACCACGGCCGAGGAGCUCCGAAUCCUGUUGCAAUUCAAAGCAUCCCUCCAGACCGCCGCCAACAGCACCGCCUUCCGAUCUUGGGACGCGGGUAACCCCACCUGUAGCUUCGAUGGAAUCAGGUGCGAUUCCGAUGGAUCCGUAUCCGAGAUCGACCUCACGAGCGCUGGCAUUUCGGGCGAGAUACCCUUCGAUUCCCUCUGCCGCCUCCCCUCGCUCUCCGCGCUCUCCCUCGGCUAUAAUGGCCUCCACGGCGCCAUCUCCGAUGACCUCCGGAACUGCACCGGCCUCCGCCGCCUUGACCUCGCCUUCAACCACCUCGCCGGCGCCGUCCCCGACCUGGCGCCGCUCGACAAGCUCCAAGUGUUGAACCUCUCUGAUAACGCCAUCACCGGUGCUUUCCCGUGGAGUUCGCUCGCCGGCCUCACCGAUCUGGAAGUGCUCAGCGUCGGGGAUAACCCCUUCGAUCCCAGUCCUUUCCCGAAGGUGGUUCUGAACUUGACCAAGCUCAACCGGCUCUUCCUCUCUGACAGCAACAUCCACGGCGAAAUCCCGCCGUCGAUCGGGAACUUGACCGAGCUCAUCGACGUGGAGAUCGCCGACAAUUUUCUCACCGGCGGGAUCCCGCCGGAGAUCGCGAAGCUCUCUGGACUCUGGCUACUGGAGAUGUAUAACAACUCGAUCACCGGGACCAUUCCAGCUGGGUUCGGCAACCUCUCCCGACUGGCCUACUUCGACGCGUCGGAGAAUCAAUUGGAAGGCGACCUCUCGGAGCUCCGGCGCUUGACGAACCUCAUCUCGCUACAGCUGUUUCAAAACGACCUCUCCGGUGAGGUGCCGCCGGAGUUCGGGGACUUCCGGUACCUCACCAACCUCUCGCUGUACACGAACCGGUUCAACGGGACGCUACCGGCGAAGCUCGGCAGCUGGACGGAGUUCAACUAUAUCGACGUGUCGACCAACUUCUUCACCGGUGGGAUCCCACCGGACAUGUGCAAGAAGGGCACGAUGAUAAAGCUUCUGAUGCUGGAGAACAGAUUCACCGGGGAGAUUCCGGCCAGCUACGCCAACUGCUCGUCUCUGGUUCGGUUCAGGGUGAACAAAAAUUCGCUCUCCGGGGAGGUUCCCGCCGGGCUCUGGAGCCUGCCCAAUUUGAACAUACUCGACCUCGCCAUCAACCAGUUCGAAGGCCCAAUUGGCGUCGGGAUCGGCAACGCCAAGUCUCUGUACCAGCUGUAUCUCGAUGACAACCAGUUCUCCGGCCAGCUUCCGCUGGAGCUCGGAGAAGCGGAGUCCAUAGUCGGCAUAGACUUGUCGCAUAACGAGUUCUCCGGCGAGAUCCCAGCGAGCAUUGGGGGGCUAAGGAACCUUGUCAGUCUUGAUUUCGAGAGCAACACCUUCUCCGGCGCGAUCCCGGAAGCGAUCGGUUCGUGCCUCUCGUUGAGCUCUGUCAACCUCGCCAAGAACAACCUGUCCGGGCCGAUCCCGACGAGCCUCGGCGAACUGACGCGGCUCAACUCGCUGAAUCUCUCCGACAACCAGCUCUCCGGCAAGAUCCCGGCGACCCUCAGCACGCUGAAGCUCUCCUCCCUUGACCUCUCCAAUAACCGCCUCACCGGCGCCGUCCCCGCGGGUCUCGACAUCGCCGCAUACAGCAGGAGCCUCGUCGGGAACCCCGGACUCUGCAUCGAUGGUGUCGGCGCCAACAACCUCAGCUCGCUCAGGCGCUGCUCUGCCGCCCAGAGCGGCUCCUCGGACGGGCUCCGCACCAUCCUCACCUGCAUUUUCUCGAUCGCCGCCGUCUUCCUCGCCUUCCUCGGCCUCUACAUCGUCCUAAAGAAGCGCCGAGCUGACGCAUGCGGUGGAAGCGGCGGCGACCGCGCCGUCGUGAAGGACCUGUCGUGGGACAUGAAGUCGUUCCGGAUCCUGACCUUCGACGAGCAGGAGAUCGUCGACGCGAUCAAGCCGUACAACCUCAUCGGGAAGGGCGGGUCGGGGGAGGUGUACAGGGUGGAGCUGGCGAGCGGGGAGGUGGUGGCGGUGAAGCAGAUAUGGUGCGACCCGGUGGGGGGAGCGAAGGAGCGGAGCACGGCAGCGAUGCUGGUAGCGCGGGGGCGGCGGAGGCCGGCGGCGAGGGAGUUCGAGGCGGAGGUGGGGACGCUGAGCGCGGUGCGGCACGUCAACGUGGUGAAGCUGUACUGCAGCAUCACGAGCGAGGAAUGCCACCUGCUGGUGUACGAGCACCUUCCCAAAGGGAGCCUCUGGGACCGGCUUCAUGGGUCCACGGAGGCGGGGAAGAUGGAAUUGGGGUGGGAGGAGAGGUACGAGAUCGCAGUGGGGGCGGCGCGGGGGCUGGAAUACCUGCACCACGGCUGGGACCGCCCCAUCCUCCACCGGGACGUCAAGUCUAGCAACAUCCUCCUCGACGACUGUCUCAAGCCCCGCAUCGCCGACUUCGGCCUCGCCAAGGUACUGCACUCCGCUGCCGCCGGAGUAGCAGAGGAGGCAUCCUCCGCUCAUGUCAUCGCCGGCACCCACGGCUACAUCGCCCCAGAGUACGCGUACACAUGGAAGGUGAACGAGAAGAGCGACGUGUACAGCUUCGGGGUGGUGCUGAUGGAGCUGGUGACAGGACGGCAGCCGAUAGAGGCGGAAUACGGCGAGGACAAGGACAUCGUCUACUGGGCGACGAGGAGGAUGAGCAGCCGGGAGAGCGUGGCGGCCGUGGUGGACGGGAGGAUCCCGGAGCGGGCGAGAGAGGAAGCCGUGAAGGUUCUACGUGUCGCGGCGCUGUGCACGGCCAGACUGCCGGCCAUGCGACCGUCGAUGCGGACAGUGGUCCAGAUGCUGGAGGAGGCCACGAGCGGUCGAGCCCUCGCUGCAAUCAUCAGCAAGGGCGACAAGGCGGAGCACGGCGUGUACAUGGCCGAAGGGAAACGCGUGACUGAGAAGCCCGUGAUGUGAGGGAUCCGUUGCAGGUGAUCAUCGAUCUCAGAAAGCCAAGUUUUGGCGCAUACGUUGCAGCACACGGUAGAUCUCUCAGACGAGAAGGCGAGGUGUCGGAUUUCUGCAGCGAGGUUCCAUAUUAGAUGUGCGGUCCAUGUUGUACAGGAUCCAGCGAUCGAGGAGGAGCUUCUCGUUGCGGGCUGUAUCAAAUGCAAUAGGAUUUAAAUCUGUGUCGAUGGGCAUGAAAGCCCAGUAAUAAGAAACUGUGUCGGUCCAGUACAUUCUCAUUGGGUAAA